AUGAUAUCUAUAAGCAAGUCUUUCUUUCAUCUAAAUGUCCUUUUAUUAUAAUUAUUAUUACUUAGUGCUAUUUGUUUUUUAAACUCUUUUUAUGAAGAAGUUAAUAAUAAGUAGAUUUUAUUCAAAAAUACAAAUUGCAAAUGUAAUGAUUAAAAAACUGUACCUUUAUAAGCAUUCGAUCCCAGUAAAGGAAUGAGUUAAGUAAUUCUAUAAUAAAUAAAUUAAGUAUGUAAUAAAGUUCAGAACAUAAUUGACACUAAAUUACCUCGCUUUUAAAUCUAUACUCAUCAAAAAAAAAAGGUCACUUCCAAACUAGAUCUGCUUUAACUAUAUAUUGAUAUGUAUGGUUAUCAAACUAUUGAUGAUCAUGAAUGUUUUAUAUUGUAGCAAUAUCUUCCUUUUUAAGACUAUUAGUACCUACUUCCUUGGGUAAAUCAUUAUAAUAGUGUCUGGAAUAAAAUAAUAAGUUGAUUGA